AUGUGCAGUGAGUUUGGAGCAUUCAGUUCUAAAAUGGGAUGUUUUCAUCAAGGCCCAGGCAUCUUUGCUAACCAUGAGUCAGAAAGAUUACAAGAGGCAAAGAAUGAUUCCAAUGAAAUGGUGUUUUUCAGACACAACAGGAAUCAUGCAUGUAUAAGCUCACAGAGACUAUGGCAGCACAUACAAGAUGUGUACAGGUUCAUAGCACAUGGGGAUCCAGCACUGAAAGGGAGGACUACACACAGGUUCCCAACCCUAACCAAGAAUCUGUCUGCAAUUGACACCCAUUCCCAAAGGAGAAAUCAGUUUUCUCUGGUGGAGUCUCACUGGGUACCUCAAGCAGAGUUCAAGGAGCCAGUGAGCUUUGACGAUGUGGCUGUGAAGUUCACCCUAGGAGAGUGGGUUCUGUUGGAUUCUUAUCAACGGAAGCUCUACAGAGAUGUGAUGAUGGAAACAUGUGUGAACCUGCUCUCCAUAGGGAAAACAGAGAAAGAAAAUAUUGAUGUGGACUGCCAAGAACUCCAGAGAAACCUGAGAAUCCAGGUCAUUGAGCGAUUCUGUGACUAUGAACACGGUAGUGAGUGUGCAAAGACCCACCACCAGAUGCCUCAGAAUGUUGUUAAUGCACGCGGUCAUCCUGAAAUCACAGUUUAUGAAAGCAGCAUCUAUACAAAGGACAUUAAUGAUCACCCAUCUUCCUAUAUGAUCAUUCACAGUCAAACUGAAGAGAAACCAUACGUGUGUCAGGAACAUGUGGAGAAGGCUAUUAAACAGGAGUCGUGUCAGAAAGAUUUUAUUUAUUCUGAGUCCUUUCAAACACUUGAGAGUGCUCCUGCUAGAGAGAACAUCUGUGAAAGUAAACAAUCUCAUGAGUCUUAUAGUACUCCCAGUUCUCAUCAAGAUUGUGGGAGAACUUGCACUGGAGAUGAGCUACGUGAAUGUAAGCAAUUUGAGAAGACCUUGAAGGAAAAAAGUUGUGUUCAAACAUUGGAAAGGACCCAUACUGGAGAAAAACCAUUGGCGUGUAAGAAAUGUGGUGAAACCUUCAUUCAUUCCAGUCAAUUAACCAGACAUCAGAGAAUUCACUCAAGAGAGAAAACUUACUCUUGUAGACAUUGUGGUGAAACUUUCAUGUAUUCCCUGGCCCGUCAAAAUCAUGAAAAAACUCACAAAAAAGAGCAUAGUUACAUAUGUAAACACUGUGGGAAAGCAUGUAUUCAUUCUUACCAUCUUCUCCAGCAUGAAAGACGCCACACUCGAGAGAAACGUUAUGCAUGUAAUCAAUGUGGCAAAGCAUUCAGACGGUCCUCAAACCUUCACAAACAUGAAAGAAUUCACAGCAGAGAGAAACUCUAUGCAUGUAAGCAAUGUGGAAAAGCCUUCUUUAGUGCGGGCAACUGUUACAACCAUGAAAGAAUUCACACUGGAGAGAAAACCUAUGUUUGCCAAGAGUGUGGGAAAGCAUUUAUGUUUUCCUCAUAUCUUCGAAAACAUGAAAAAAUUCACACUGGAGAGAAACCCUAUACAUGUAAAUAUUGUGGAAAAACCUUCGCCCAUUCCAGUGCUUAUUACAGGCAUGAGAAAACGCACACUAAAGAGAAGCCAUAUGUAUGCGUGGAGUGUGGGCAAGCAUUCCCUUUUUCCAAAUCCCUCCAAAUACAUGAAAGAACUCACACUACUAGAGAGAAAUUCUACAAGUGUAAUCCGUGUGGGAAAGAAUUUGUGUAUUUCUCAUACCUUCGAAGACAUGAAAAAUCUCACAGUGAAAAGAAACCCAGCGGGUAG